AUGACCGUGUUUCUCCCUCUCAUUGAGUCGGACCAUGAACCGCUACUCACCUCCCUAGCCCGUAUUGGCCCUAUCGCCCUACCCUUGUCUCAUUCCCUCCCUUCCACCCUCCCACCAGAUACAUACAUCCUUAUCGACAAUACCCAACCUUUUGUCCUUGAAGACGCGGUGUCCCUUCUGGACAAUGGCGCCUCUAAGCUCAUCGCGCCACUUUCGUGGGCGAAAGAACUCAUCGAGGUCAUCUCUUCCGAUCGCUUACUGCUGUUGCUCGAUGUUGGCAACAUCAGCGCCGUUUCGGACAAAGUGCGCAACGCGGUCUCUGGUGUGCUACUCAAAACACCCUCCAUUGACCUAGAUUUAAUUGCUUCAAUCUCGAAAUUCUUUUCUGGGUCCUCGGUCUAUGUUCUCUCUACGCCCUCUACUUCCCCAACCGUCUCUUUGAUCCGUGGCCUACUUGGGAUUGGCGCCAUUGCCGUCAUCCCUUCAUCCCAACUCACGACUGGCCCAUCUUCCCCUACACAACUCAACAUAGCGGACGGGUUUAUUGCCCCAAUUGUGUCUGAUCGUCCCGAUGGCUUAUUUCCCACAGUCGUGUGUUCAGAGACUGGGCAUUCGCUGGGCCUCGUUUAUUCCUCACCCGAGUCAGUCAAAGAGAGUAUUCUUACCGGCAAAGGGGUCUACCAAUCCCGCAAACAUGGUCUUUGGAGGAAAGGGGAGACAUCUGGCGCUACACAAGACGUCGUAGCCAUUCGUCUUGAUUGUGACUCUGACAGUCUCGAAUUCACCGUCCGUCAGCAUGGGGCUGGCUUCUGCCAUCUCAACCGCCAAUCUUGCUUUGGCGCAGCACGCGGGCUCCCUGCUUUAGAAAACACACUGCGUUCACGCUUCGAGUCUGCGCCAGAAGGCUCGUAUACGAACAGGCUUUUCAAUGAUCCAGAACUCCUUCGCUCGAAAAUCAUGGAAGAAGCGGACGAACUCUGUCGAGCAGAUAAUAAGCAGGACAUAGCGUUUGAGGCUGCUGAUUUGUUAUAUUUCGCGUUGACGAAGUGUAUCUCGGCUGGCGUGGGAAUCUCACAAAUUGAAGCUUCACUAGACAAAAAGGCUCGUCGGGUUACAAGGCGAACCGGAAAUGCGAAGCCCCAGUGGUCGAAAGCUGCCCCUCCGCCACCGCCAGCAAAGGCUAUCGUCGCAGAGGACGCACCGAUUCGAAUGAGAAGCUAUAACCUCGUGACUGUGUCAACCGAUGAACGAGCUGCCCUUCUUCGUCGUCCCGUUCUUAAAUCUGACGAAAUGAUCAACAAAGUUAAACCGAUCGUAGAGCAAGUUCGGGCUGGCGGAGACGCUGCACUGCUCGAACUGACAGCCAAAUUUGACAAGGUGAAGCUGGAAUCAACAGUCCUCCUACCACCUUUUUCUCCAGAAACAAUGCAAGUUGAUCCUCAAGUGGGCGAGGCUAUUAGCACAGCUUAUGCCAAUAUUCGAAAGUUCCAUGAAGCCCAAGCUGACGGAACGACUCUGACGGUCGAAACAAUGCCUGGUGUUGUUUGCUCUCGGUUUGCACGCCCGAUUGCUCGGGUUGGACUUUAUGUUCCGGGAGGCACGGCAAUCCUUCCGUCGACUGCUUUAAUGCUCGGCAUUCCGGCCCAGGUUGCCGGCUGCAAAGACAUCGUGAUCGCAACUCCUCCGCGUCAAGACGGCAGCAUUUCCCCAGAGGUCAUGUAUGUGGCAAACCUCGUUGGAGCAUCUGCCGUUUUAAAGGCUGGAGGUGCACAAGCAGUGGCUGCGUUGGCAUAUGGUACAGAAUCUGUUCCCAAAGUCGACAAAAUAUUUGGACCUGGUAAUCAGUGGGUCACUGCUGCAAAAAUGCUCGUGCAAAACGACACCGAUGCUUUGGUUUCUAUCGAUAUGCCAGCCGGACCGUCCGAGGUUUUGGUCAUUGCUGACCACACAGCUAAUCCAGCGUUUGUCGCUGCAGACUUGCUGUCCCAGGCAGAACAUGGGGUCGAUUCUCAGGUCGUAUUAGUUGCUGUCAACCUAGACGCCGAAAAACUGGCAGCGAUAGAAAAAGAGGUCGAUGUCCAAGCCCAUGCUCUCUCGCGCGUCGACAUUGUGCGGGUGUCUAUUGGAAAGAGCGUCAUCGUCAAAGUUGAAUCCGUCGAAGAGGCGUUCAGAUUCUCCAACGACUACGCGCCAGAGCACUUGAUUAUUCACCUCCAGGAUGCCCAUGACACAGUUGCCUUCGUCGAAAAUGCAGGCAGUGUCUUUGUUGGUCCAUUUUCACCUGAAAGUUGCGGAGACUACGCGUCCGGCACCAACCACACUUUGCCAACGAACGGUUAUGCGCGACAGUUUAGCGGUGUAAACACCCAAUCGUUCCAAAAGCACAUCACUUCCCAAGAGAUCACGCAAACGGGUUUGCAAAAGCUCGGCCCUGUAGUGGCGACAUUGGCCGACUGUGAAGGUUUAGAAGCCCACGCGAACGCGGUACGGAUUCGAUUACGGGACUAA